AAAAAAAAAUAAUUUUUUUGUUUUUUAAAAAUUUUCUUUAAAUUUCAAAGUCAAAGACAAUUUUUUCACAAGUUUCGUCAUCAAGGCACCAACGACAGUCAUAAUGUCAACAACAAUAGAGCAAAUGAUUCUCGACGCAAAGCGCUUAGCGAAUCGUUUAAAAGAAAAGGAGCAGCUCGCAGAUGUCUUGUCCAAUGAGACUGAACGUGUCAAUUAUCAGUUGGACAGCAUGCGACAGUUUCAGGAUGACAUUAAUGCAUUAAAUAUUUUGGCGAGGGAUCGCAGCAAUGCUGAUAUGAUUCAUACAAUUCAUCAAGAAAAUCCACAAAUUCGUGAGAUCCAGCAAGAGAAUAGACAGCUUAAGGCAUCCAUUGAGGAGCAUCAGAGGGCGAUUGAGUUGAUAAUGACUAAGUAUAGGCAGCAUACACAACGACAGAUUGAAGAGACGAAGCUGGAUUUCGAUAAACUUGUUAAAGCUAGCGAGAUGAAUGAUUGCACCAACAUAAUCAGCUCACAAGCCCAACAACUGCAAGAAGCAAUAGGUGUCAUGCAAGAAGCCGUAAAGAUGGGCGACGAUGACAUGAACAAAUACGUUGAACAGCUAAUGCAACUAAAGACAGAGAAUCAAGGCCUCCGAGAGCUCCUCGGCAUCGCCAGAUCAAUGAACUCAAUUCUAAUGGAUCGUGAAAAGAAAGAAAUUGCAACGCAGACAGAAGAAGUCUCGAAUGUCAAGUCAUGAGAUGUUGGAUGUGUGCAAACUGAAUGAAUGAGCAAUAGAAUGAAUGGAAUGGAAGUUUAGCUAUGCUUCGUGUAGGAUAUUCAAGAUAUUCAAUUAUUUUAGAUAAAAUAUGAUGACGGAUGAGAAGGAAACUCUGUAAAACAAUUGUGUCUCUAUACUACAGAUAGGGUCUUUCGCUGAUUAGAGAAGACAUCUCGAGAGAACUGACCCCCACGAAUGAGGGAAUGAGGUCAGCCUUUUUUUCAUUGUUAGAAUUGAAGGAUUAAAAAACUAUAAAAACAGAACUUAUAGACCUAGUUUAUUUUAAACAUCACUUGUAAACGAUCCCAAAUUUAAAUUUUAUUUUUCUAUAAUUUUGUGUAAUUAAAUUCUACUUUAUAUAAAUAUUUUAUUCUUGCACUAUAUAAGCCAACAUUAUCAUUAGUAAUCCAGCCUUAAGUCAGAGCAUUAGGCUUGCAAUACCAUCUAGUAAAAAAAUUCUAAAUUUCCAAAAUCCUGAGAUUUUAUUAUCUAUUAAUUACCUUUUAAGUGCUUCUGUCACAAAACCUAGAUUAUAUUUUUUCUAAUUUAACUAGAAACCUACUUAAAGAUACACAUUGGUUGAGCUAGAAAUUAUUGCGAAGAAUGGAGUCGACUUCCAUAAGGAUGGGCAGUUCAGAUUUCAAAAAAUACUUCAAUCUUGUAAAGAUUCAUCAUUUCUGGCUACAACCACACAAACAUGAAUAACUCACCGUCAUACACACAAAUAAUGAAUUACAAAAAAAAAAAACAUAAAAAUCAGUGCAGAAACUCAAUAAUGUCGUACAUUAAUAAACUAACUGAACAUAUUUUAUGAAUG